GGAAGUUUGGCGGCAUGGGGCCGCCGUAGUCGGGUGAGCUGCUGAUUCCUGUCCGGGUGGAUGCAAUUGCCAUUGUGUGUGCGGGCGGCUCGAGCUCGUUCCGCGUGUCCCCGCGCCCCCGGCCCGGGCAGCCAUGAGUGAGAAGGGGGAGCUGGACCUGACUGGGGCCAAGCAGAACACGGGCAUGUGGCUGGUAAAGGUCCCCAAGUACUUGUCACAACAAUGGACUAAAGCUUCUGGAAGGGGUGAAGUAGGGAAGCUGAGGAUUGCCAAAAAUCAAGGAAGAACAGAAGUAUCAUUUACUUUGAAUGAAGAUCUUGCAAGUAUCAAUGAUAUUGGAGGAAAACCUGCUUCAGUCAGUGCACCCAGAGAACAUCCAUUUCUUUUGCAAAGUGUGGGAGGACAGACGUUAACAGUGUUUACAGAAAGCUCAGGAGGUUCAAAGGUGACUAUACAUUUGGAUAUGCUGGAUUUUUUGGAUGGUUUGAAUUCUUCAUUUUCCACUCCUGCAAGGCUGGCCAGGAACUAGCUGCUCCUGUUGCAUCUUGCCCAAAUAUCUGUCACUGUAUCUUAGAGUGGAUAAACACAUUACCUGAAUAUGAGUGCUCAACAAUGGAAUAGUUAACAGUGACAUUUGAAGUAUAAUAAUUAGGUUUUAGACUUGACACCAUAUAAAUGUGCAUGGGAUCGUUCACAAGUCUCUGAGAUACUGUUUUGUUUUUAAAAAAGGGUUAAGGGACAGACUUACUUAUUGCAAUGAACUGCUGAGUGAUACAACAUACCCAUAUAUGGCAUACAUGUUUAUGACUGCAUUGUGUCUAUUGUAAGUCAAUGAAAUGGAAAAUUUAAAUUUCUGCAUUAGAGUGGGUAAUUUUAUGAGAGUGAUUCCUAUUAAAUUUUCCAUCUGCUAUCUGACUAGGUGUAUCCUAGAGCAGUGGUCUCCAAAGUGAGGUGCACAAGACGAUCC